AUGUCUGGCACAGUUUUCGCCAACCAUUCAAGCUUGGGCAGCAAAUGGGCUAAAGGAGGAAGUAUGGAGCCCAGAUUUCUCUGGCUUCGGCAGAAGUUAUCGCACUUCUUUGGUGUUUCUGACCACGAGCGCAUCGACAUUCUGCUUAAUGACAACUUUGAAGCUAUCACGGAGUUUUUCGAGGCGGAAAUUACUGGUGCAUGGAAUAUCGAGAGCAGAGUGAUAUUUAUCUAUCGAACCUUCUACAAUCGCCUGGUUGAGACGGAAAUCACAGUUGUGGAAGAAGUGCCACACGUUCAGACACCGGAACCGGAGCCCGUGAAGGAGAAGAAGAGGAAGGGCAAGGGCAAGGAGAAGAAGGGCAAGGACCUGAAGGAGGAGGACGCCGAGGUGAAACUUGAUCAUGAUUAUUUAUUAGAUCGUCCAGAUGCUGCAAAGUCAACUGAGAAAGAUGCGGAUAUCGAGGAGGAAGUGGCAGCCGAACCUGAGGUUGACUAUGUUGAGGUGAAGAAGAUCAUUCAGAAUUACGUGAAGACACCGAUUCUCAACUGUCACUUUGGUCGCAUUCCACUGGAGACUCUCGAUAAGAGCAUCAAUUAUGUCUUUCUGGUUCGCAAGAACCCCUUCCCGGUCGGAAUCGCCUUUCUCACUGUGAGAAAUCUCCUCGUGAAUAUAUUCCAUGGGACGGCAAAUUAUCAUUUUCGCGAGCCCACUCUCGAGCAACGUGCCACCAUUGAGGAUUCACACGAAGGUGACUCGGGAAAAAUAUCACCAGACGGCGUCGGCGAGGAGGAGGAGCGCGAGGACAAAUUGGACCUGACGAGACCGUCGGAGUACUGGAAUGUUGCAAUCUCGGCAAAGCGAGCGGGAUUCUCCGCCAGCGGUGAUGACAGCCACUUGGAGUCGACGAGGAAAUUAUCCCUGACUCCGCAGGUGAUGCCAGAGACAUUCGCCCCAGAGUCCAAGCGCCCAAAGAGGGAGGAGAGUGCGGAGCCACUUGUUCGCAAGAUGCUCCUGAAUAGCAUUGAGAUUAUGGACAAACAACUGGAGUGGACAAUCUCGUGUGUCACCUCCCACUUCACCAUCCCGACAGCGUAUAAUCAGGCGGGGCAGGAGUAUAUAACGUUCGAUGAGGACAAAAUAAAAAUUGCCAUCGAUCCGGAAAAUUGCAAUUUGGACAAUUACACCCAGCUGCAGCUGGAGGAUGUUGUCAAUGGCUGGAUGAGAUAUACCAACAAGUUUAUAAAGAUGUACAGCGAGAGGGAGCCAGAUACUUUUAGUCCAAUUGCCGAGUACGAUUUGUGGCGCGAGAGAGAAAAGGAAUUCAACAAUCUCCUCGAGCAACUCAAUCACACUUUUGUUGCCUCUGUUCUUGCCAAGCUCAAUGAAUUCAAAUCGGACAUCGAGAACCUGUGGUCACCAUGCUUGGAGUCUCUUAAAUCUGCAUAUUUAUUGGCGAGGGAGAAUUCUGAAUACCUCAGCACGCUUCAGAAGUAUCUCAUGACCAUAAAAAUGAGUGAAAAUUUUCAACUCAUCCACACACUUUUACCGAAUUUGAUGCUCGCUCUUCGUCACAUCUGGACAAUGUCCAGCUACUUUGGCAGGGAUGACAAUAUGCUGAUACUUCUGCAGAAAAUCUCUUUUGUGUUCACUGAGAAGAUCAAAGAUCUCAUGACACUGAAGCGAUUAUUCGAAAAUAAUGCCAUUUCCAUCAAUAAUCGAGCCACAGAGUCGGCCACACUUCUCAACGCGUGGAAGAAGGCCUACAUUGACACGAGGACUUUCAUUGAAGUGUCUAACAUCAGCUCUCGGUGGGAGUUUGACAGGAAUCUCCUGUUCCAGGACGUUGAUCACAUAGCACACAUCAGUCAAGACAUUGCCGAGAUAUCUGAAAUAUUUAUUGAAUUCGAGAAUAUGUUCAAUGCACGCCUCAAGUCGAUUAUCACAGACCCCGAAGAGGUGGACAAUAUCAUGAAGCGAGUGUACAGCUUGAUUGAUUUGAUAGUUCAGAUCGAUUACGACGUCUUUCGCAGUGGAAAUCUUGAGAACUGGAUGGCAACACUGGAUCUGUUCAGGAGGAAGAUUCAAAUGUGUGAAACACAGGGCAAAUUCGUCCUGGACAACUGCAUAGAUUCACUGCGUUCGGCAGAAUAUGGUCUGGAGUUGAUUGCCGACUUGCCAACUGUAAAAACACGACGAAUAUUCAUUGAACAUAUGCAGAGAAAGUACGAGAAUGUGCUGAAGAAAUUCGUCACGGAAAUCACUCUUGUCGAAAAUGAAUUUUUGAAGAAUAUAUCCAGUCCACCCCUUCUGCGGGAGCAGCCCCACUGUGCCGGCACAAUCAUCUGGGAGAGAUUGUUGUAUCAACACUUGCGAAAGUCCGUGGUGGCGUUCCAAUUGAUUGAGGCGGAUCCGAAAGUGGCGAAGACAUACUUAAGUCAAAUCGCAAUGACGCAAUACUUUGAGCUAACACAGAAAAUGCUGAACUACGAGAAGCAAUUCUUCAGUCAGUUCGAACAAAAGGCUGUGUACACUGUCAAUAGGAUUCUGCAGGGAAAUAUACUCAGGCUGGAAUUUAUAGAUUCAUCCCACUUUGUGCAGAAAUCAAUCAAUAAGACCGAAGAGAGGCAGACGUACUCUUUGAAAAAACGACGAGUGAUUAAUACAAAGUCAAAGGCCAUUCGAAAGUUCAUCUCGACGGCAAAUACGCUGAAAUGGCUUUUCUGUCGUCCCGAAGCGUCAAAUUUGGAUUUGCUGAAAGCCAAUGAAUACAUUAGGGGAGCGUAUAAAGAUGCAAGAAACCAUCCGCAAGUGAAGGAGGCGAAAUUCCUAAUAACAGCGACGAAUCAAGUGAAAAUUCCAACAUGGACAGAAGUAAUUGGGAAUGAGAUUCUCGUAAAAUUUAAUGUGAAAUUCUCAGUGAAUUUUUCACAUGACAUUUUCAACGUUAUUGCCGAAGGGCAUCAAUUUGAAUAUUUGGACUAUAAAAUGAAGCCCGUAAUACGAAUGGCAAUUAUGAGAAAAGACACCCUCUAUCUCGAUCUGAUUGCCGUUGGAGGUAUUAUCAGGCGCUACAAUGAAAUCAUCGAGAAGCUCUCAAUUGCUGAGAUCUUCUUCCUGAAGGAUCUCCUCCAUGAAAUAGAAUCAAUUAUUCAAGCUGGACUUGGCAGAUAUACGUGGCAGGCAUUUAAUAUUACUACUUAUUGUGCGCGAUGUAAAAUGCUUCUAAAGCACUUAUCGGCCGUGGUAUUGCAAAUCGAAUACAUAGCCAAUGAUGUGAAGGAGCGGGUGUCGCGAAUUGAGGGUUUCUCCCUUAUGAUCUUGGGAAAUGAGAUAUUUGGACGUGGUGAGGCGGGACAGGAGGCACGAAAGAGCUCAUUACGGAAGCACAGCAAGGAGUUUACCACCCGUAAAUCAUCAAAACGUGACUCACGUGUAACGAUUGUGGAGCCAAAUUCAAUUUUGCCCUGUCACGAGUACUUUCGUGAGCUCAAUAAUCGACGCAAUGAAAAAAUGAAUGUACUCCAGCGCCAGUAUGAAUCAAUUGGGCCACAAUUGAUAAAGCUGGAGUCCCUGGUGCUCGGCACCUACACAGGUGACUCGGAGAAAAUGUGCGAAUACUAUGAGCACUGGCAGCGUGAGAUAUUUCGUGCUCUUGUUAAGUUCACCCAGAAUAACCUCAAUCAAUUUGUGGGGGUGCUCCGAGAUAAGCCCAUUUUUCAAGUCGACGCCACACUAUCAAUAACGGAAAUAAUGCUUCGUCCCACCGCCAAGGAGAUCUACAACAUCGUCCUGCACUCGGCCAACGACUUCCUCAGUCGCACGCGGACUUUCACGCGAUGGAUGCAGGGCACCUGCAUACCCUGUCCCGUGCCCGUGCGCCCAGAGCCCAUCGCGGCGGAGGAUCUCGCGGACGAUGCGCCGCGAGACACGGAGCCCAGUGUGUCCUUCUUCGAGGACAUCAUUCAGAAUCCCACCAUUGCCAGUGCCAUCAAGCAGAUCGAAAACAUAAUCGCCCAGUCGAUUGCCGACAUCAAGAAGUACUUAACACGUUGGAAGAAGUAUAAAAGUUUGUGGAUGUUCGAUAAGGCGGCAAUAUGUGAGAAGUUUUUAAACAAGGGAAUGCCAUUGAUUCGAUUAGAUGAGAAAUUCCUCUUCUACAUGCAAAUCGUCUCAGAUCUUGGAAAGCACAAACCCUAUUACGACGUUAAAGCGAUUAGGAUCAACCUUCGUCCAUUAAUUGAGAGCAUAAAGAGUCAUGCAAUUGAAUGGAAAAAUACACUUGGCAACAUUUUGGCCGAACGUACACGGAACAACAUGUUCCAACUGAGGAAUCAAAUUAAGAUACUUAAGAGAGAUUUGGAUCGCAAUAUAAAUGGUUUGGUGGAUUUUAAGACCGUAAUGCAGACUAUAAGUGUUAUUCAGUCAACAACGCUGACGGUUGAGAUUCAAGUGAAAGAGAUGCAGGAGAUCUUCAGCAUUCUGGAGGAGCACUGUAUUAAAUUCUCCUUCACGGAUAUGCUAAUGUCAUAUGAGCUGGAGAAGAGGUGGAGGAAGCUGUAUAAAUCAUCGCUAUAUCGGUCAGCAACAUUGGAAACAGUUAAAGUGAAAUUUGCAGCGCUAACGUCAGUGGAAAUUAGUUCGUUUACGCUAAAUUUGGAUGAAUUCAUUAAAAAGUUUAACGACAUGGGGCCAGGAUCUGUUGGUGACGACAUGAAUCGGGGACUCGACUUGAUGGAAACAUUUGACUCACUCUUUGACACAUAUGAGGCGCAGAGAUUGGAUUUAGUGAAUGCGGAAAAACUUUUCGAUAUGCCACUAACAGACUACACAGAAUUUUUACAUGCAAAGAAGGAUUUUGAAAAUUUGAGAAUGAUUUACAAAUUAUAUCGUCAACAGCGGAAUGCAAAGGAGAAUUGGUCGAAGACGAUGUGGAUUCACAUGAAUCCAAACACUUUGACGAAUGGCAUGGAGAAUUAUAUGCAUGAGUUCCGAAUGUGGCCAGAGGAGAUACAGGAAAUUCCCGUGGCACAGACGCUCCAGAGGAAGAUGGAGCAUUUCAAGCAGUCCAUACCACUAAUGUUGGCGCUCAAGAAUGACGCUCUAAGACGCCGACACUGGGAGCAUCUUAUGACUGAGACAAAUUGCAUAUUUGACCCUGAGUGUGUUGAGAAAGUCCUCCUCGAGAGCAUCUUCGCCAUGGCGCUGUACAAGCAUCGGGAGACAGUCCACGAGAUCCUAACUAUGGCAGUUAAAGAACUUUCUAUCGAGAAUGCGAUGCUCAUCAUUGAGACAACAUGGGACAACAUGGCCUUCGCGGUCAUUGAGCACUUCAAGGAUGGCGCAAAGAGGGGGUUCAUUCUCGGAAAUAUCGACAACAUCAUUCAAGCUCUCGAGGAUAACUUUGUAAAGCUGCAAUCAAUGUCAUUCUCACACGUUAUCGGUCCAUUUCUGCACGAUGUGAAGGAGUGGGAGAAGAAAUUGUCUCUGGUAUCUGAAAUAAUCGAUGUGUGGAUUAAUGUCCAGUGCAAGUGGCUGUAUUUGGAGGGAAUCUUCAUUGGAACCAAUAUUAGUGAUGAAUUGCCCAGUGAGGCGGAGCAAUUCAACGGCAUUGAUAGGAGUUAUCGUGAGAUUAUGCAACACUGUGCCGAAGAGCCGAAAGUGAUUUCCGUGUGCAUGAUGCCAAAUCGGCUGGAAAAAUUUAAGAGGCUCAACGUGGGAAUGGAAGAGUGUCAGAAGGCAUUGGAUGACUUUUUGGAGCGAAAGCGACAAAAAUUCCCACGAUUCUAUUUUAUAUCGUCGGAUGAACUGCUAUCGAUUCUGGGUCGAACGCGAGAGGAUCCGCUCACCAUUGAGCGCCACAUUAUAAAAAUGUUCGACAAUGUCAGGGCGCUGAAGACCUCACACCCAGAUGAUCUAAUGUCUGUGGUGGGCAUGAUAGCCGAGAACGGUGAGCUGCUCAACUUCCGCAAUGCCGUGUCGCUCAGUGGUGGUGUCGAGGAGUGGAUGAACAUUAUACUAAGUGAGAUGCAAUUGUCAAAUCGCUACAUAUCGAAGAAGGCAAUUUAUGACUUUGGCAUCCACAAAGAGUGCUCCAGGCACUCCUGGAUCCAAUCCUAUCCCACCAUGGUUGUCGUUGUGGCCAAUCAAAUUUGGUGGACGGCACAAGUUGAAGAGGUGUUCGCCAAGAUGGAGGGAGGAAAUAGAGAUGCCAUGAAGGAGUACCUGGAGACACAGAGUGCCCAACUCGAGGCAAUUGUCGGUCUGAUUCGUGGAGAAUUGACACCGUGUGAGCGGCAGAAGUUGAAAAUACUCACGAUAAUUGAUAUUCACGCGCGUGACACCAUUGACGGCUUCGUCCAGGACGGCGUGUGCGACAGCCAGGAGUUUAGGUGGGAGCGCCAAUUGCGCUUCUACUGGCUCAAAGAGUUCGACAACAUUGUCAUUGUGCAGUGCGGCGGUCGCUUCAUGUACGGCUACGAGUACGUUGGCUUGACUGGGCGAUUAGUAAUGACUCCACAGACAGAUCGGAUUUACUUGGCCAUCACACAGGCUCUUACCCUGAAUUUGAGCGUGGCCCUAGAGGGCGGAGCGGGCACGGGCAAAACGGAAAUUAUCAAGGAUUUGGCGAAAACGAUGGCGCUGCUGUGUGUCGUAACAAAUUGUGGUCAUGGUCUCGAUUACCCAGCAUUUACGGCCAUCCUGUGUGGACUGGUGCAGUGUGGCGUGUGGGGCUGCUUCGAUGAAUUCAAUCGCAUUGACAUCACCCUGCUCAACGUAGUGUCCACACGACUGCAAGCAAUUAGAAGUGCAUUAGUUAUGAAGACCUUUCACAUGAUUUUCGACGACCGCGAAAUUCAAUUGGACAGAAAAGUCGGUAUCUUCGUGACUCUGCACCCUGAAUAUGUGGGCCGUAUUGAGCUCUCGCAAUCAAUCAAGUCCCUCUUUCGGCCCAUAACGUGCCUGGCACCGGAUUACGAGGCCAUUUGCAUGAUCUCACUCGUUUCGGACGGCUUCACGGCGGCCAAGUUGCUGGCGCGCAAGAUGACAACGCUGUACAAAUUGGCACGGAGUCAGCUGUCGCGUCAGAAUCACUACGACUGGGGCAUCCGGUCACUGAUGACCAUCCUGCGGCAGGUGGGCGACAUGAAGCGCUCCCACCGGGACAGUGGGCUGGAGUCGACACUCGUUGUGCGGGUGCUGCGUGAUGUGAACUUCAUCAAGCUCAUUCCGGAUGAUGUGAGAAUUUUUCUCAAUUUAAUCAAGGAUCUAUUUCCGGGUGAGAGCAUGGAGAGCCAAAGUGGUGACACCGAAAUCAACAAUGCCAUUGCGGCCAGCUAUCGCACACUCAAAUAUACAGUGGUGGCCGAACAGGAAAUUAAAGUACGGCAACUCUGGGAAACAAUCACAAGUCAUCAUACUGUGAUGCUUCUGGGCGGCUCAGGUGGUGGCAAGAGUGUCAUGCUGAAACUGCUCCUGGAGGCGCUCAAUGGCCACCUGAAUUGGCCCACAAAGGCCAUUACUUUGAAUCCGAAGGCAUACACAAUUGGUGAAUUGUACGGGCGUUUUGCAUGUGAGUCGCACCAGUGGCACGAUGGUCUCAUCUCAAAGAUAUUCCGUGAGGUAAAUACCACGAGAGUGAGGUUGAAUGAGCGCAAAUUUAUCUGCUUCGACGGAGAUGUUGAUCCGCACUGGAUAGAGAAUAUGAACAGUGUGUUGGAUAACAAUAAAUUACUUAUUCUCACAAAUGGGGAGCGUAUUCAGCUUCAAAAUCACUGUACGUUGCUCUUUGAAAUUGGUCAUCUAAAAUAUGCCAGCCCAGCAACAAUCUCACGUUGUGCUGUGAUUUAUAUUGAUCCUAUAAAUCUGGGCUUUGUGCCAUAUUGGCGGAAAUGGGUGGACGAAUAUGAAAAUAAUGGGGAAAAGCAACAAUUAAUAAAACUCUUUGACCGAUACAUCUCGCCCACCCUGAGGAUGCUCGCUCAAUCGGCGCACGGCGACGCCCAGGAGGACACUGCGGACAUCUCGAUGGCCAUCGAGAGGAGUGACUUGAGCCUGGUGGUCCAGUUCUGUGACAUAUUUUCCACCUUCUGUCCCGCCACUUCAUCUUACACCGCAGAUGUUCUUGAGUGUCACUUCAUAUGCUGCCUGUACCUCUCCCUGGGCGCCACAGUUGCCGAGGGUCAUCGAGAGAAAUUUGACCAAUUUGUCAAAAUGAAAAUCAAUAGAAACACCUUCGUGGACACAAAGGAAAAUCCCGCAAAUGCCACACAAGUGCCCAUCAGCAGGAAGACCCUCUACGAGUACUUCUUUGAUCCUGGCAAAAAUUUAUGGAUCGCCUGGCAGUGGAUGGUCCCUGAGUUCACCCACAAGCCGGGAUGUUUGGCGAGAUUUCAGGAUGUCCUCGUGCCAACUGCCGACACCCUUCAAAUUGAUUAUCUCUUCAGUCGCAUAAGCAAAAUAAAUCGACCCAUUGUGGUGAUUGGCGAUGUGGGAACGGCAAAAACCACCCUCAUUAGCAAUUAUCUCAUGCAGCAGGAUGGCAAAAAAUACGUGAAACUCAAUUUAAAUUUUUCAUAUCGAACCAAAUCAGUGGAUGUGCAGAGAGCCAUUGAAGGGAUGAUAGAGAAGCGCACGAAAUUCAUAUUUGGACCAGCCAUGGGCAAACACGUUUCCGUGUUCAUUGACGACAUGAAUAUGCCGCAUGUUGAUGAGUAUGGCACUCAGGAGCCAAUUGCAUUGCUGAAGCAGCUCUUGGAGUAUGGAGGACUCUUCGAUCGCACUAAUGAUCUUCGAUGGAAAUAUAUUCGCGACUUGAGCUUCUAUGCUGCAAUGGGGCGACCCGGAGGCGGACGGAAUGACAUUGAUCGGAGGUUUCUCUCGAAAUUCUUUGUUCUCCACCACCCACCGCCCACUGACAUCACCCUCAAACACAUUUACACCUCCAUCCUCCGGGGGCACUUUGCUGAAUUCGCCCCAUCCAUACAGCUCAUCACUGACGUCAUUAUUCAAAUGACACUGAAUCUCUUAAGGGCGAUCCAUCGAGACUUACCGCCGACUCCUGGUCGCUUCCACUACAUCUUCAACAUGAAGGACUUAUCUCGGAUUUGUGGAGGAAUCCUGCUCACUCACCCGGAUUUAUUUAAAGAAUCUCGCCAAAUCCUGAGACUCUGGCGCAAUGAGUUCACUCGAGUUGUUGCUGAUCGCUUUAUAUCCAAAGAGGAUGCGAAUUUAUUUGCCAAGCACCUCCAGAGUGAGGUGGAGCACCACUUCCCGCCGCCCCCAUGCGACAGUGCACCGGUGUCGCGAAGGGAGGUUGAUGGAGUCGAGCUGCACCUCAGACAAAUGGGUGACACUUCAUCAACGGUGCACUCGUCUGAUGAGGGCGACAAUAGAUUGCCAGUGAAUCAGGAGCUGACAAAAGAAAUCCCUGUGCACGAGUACGUCCUCAGGGAUCCGCUCCUCUUUGGCGAUUAUCGCAACACUGUGAACGAUUCGAGGCGCCGCUACUAUGAGGAUCUGCUCGACUAUGAGGCCAUCUACUUCCUCUUCCAGGAGAUUCUCGACGAGUACCAGCAGCGAAAUCACAUGAGAAAAUUAGAUUUGGUACUUUUCGAGGAUUGCCUCGAGCACUUAACACGACUCCAUCGACUCCUGCGAAUGAAUAGGGGCCAUGCGACACUUGUGGGACACGAUGGCUUCGGCAGACAGAGCAUCGCUAAAUUGGCGGCCUUUGCAGCUGAAUGUGAUUUAUUCAAGAUUGUUAUCAACCACAACUACUCUGAGGCCACAUUUAGGAGUGAUUUAAAGCGACUUUACCACCAAUUGGCCACCGAAGGGCGGAAGACUGUCUUUAUGCUGACUGAAAAUGAGAUCCUCGAUGACACAUUUCUUGAGCAUAUUCACAAUAUUCUAACCACUGGCUCUGUGCCAACACUGUUUAGUGACGACGAGAUGAAUCUUUUAAUUGGAAACCAUCAACAAGUUGAACAACAGUCGGAUUAUCAACAGAUUCGACAGGAGCUUUGGUCAAAGUUCUUGGAGAAGUGCAUGGACAAUUUGCACAUUGUGCUUUGCAUGUCACCUGUCGGCGACAAAUUCCGUCGACGAUGUCGAUAUUUCCCAAGUUUAAUUGGAAACACCACAAUCAAUUGGAUUUUUCCCUGGCCAGAGCAAGCUCUCCUCACCGUUGCCAAGGUUUUUCUUGCGGAGCAUCCCCAGAUUCCUGAAAUACACAGAGAGAACAUCAUUUCACAUGUUGUUCAUGUUCAGAAGACAAUUGUACAUUAUGCAAGGGAGUAUUUCGAGAAAUUUCACCGUAGAUUCUAUGUGACUCCGAAACAUUAUUUGAAUUUUUUGCAUAUGUUCCUCAAUUUAAUUGAGAAGUAUCAAUUGUCUAUGACAAAGCUGUACAACAAACUCUUGGACGGCAUCAACAGAGUGACAGAAGCUGUUGAGCAGAUCGACCAAUUGAAAAUAAUGGUGGAGGAGCAGAAGAAGAAUGUCGUGGAUUCAUCGGAGAAGUGUGCAUCGGUGUUGCGAAGCAUUGAGGAAUGUAAAGAGAAGAUAAAUUUGAAGCAAACUGAAAUAUCAUUGAAAUCAAUUGAUGUGAAAGAAAGGACAAAACAAAUUGAAUUGGAAAAAACAACAGCAGAAGAAGUUUUAAUGGCUGCAAUUCCAUUAUUGGAGAAGGCACGUCUAGCCCUUGGUGAUCUGGAGAAAUCAGAUAUUACGGAAAUCAGAAGUUUUGCUACACCGCCGGAAGCGGUUCAGGUGCUCUGCGAGUGUCUUUUAAUAUUGAAAGGCGCCAAAGAUGUUUCUUGGAAGUCCGCCAGGGCCGUUAUGGCUGAGACAGACUUCUUGAAGAGCUUGCAAGAGAUGAAUUGUGACACAAUUAGUCAGAAACAAUUGACAGCCGUGAAAAAUCACAUGAAGAAAACCACCAAAAUGGAAGAUAUGAAGGCGAUAUCGAAAACUGGCUACGGAUUGCUUCUCUUCCUCAAGGCGGUAAUUCAAUAUUGCGAAAUGCUGAGAGAGGUGAAACCCAUGCAGGACAGAAUUAAGAAAUUGGAACAGGAUCUGUGCGAGGAGAAGGCAGUGGUGAGCGGUAUGGAUGAUGAAGUCAAAUUGACUCAAGAGGAGUUGUCCAAUUACUCAAGCGAGUAUCAGAAACUAAUCGAAGAGAAGCAAAUACUGCAAGAAAUGUUAGAGCAGGGAGAGAGACGAUUAUUCACAUCUGAUAGACUGAUGAUCGGCUUAAAGUCUCAACUGGAGAAAUGGUCAAGUGAUUUAAAUAAGUUAGAAGUGGAUAAAUCGAAAGUUGCCGGCAAUUGUUUGCUCUCAGCGUCUUUUUUAUCAUACACCGGACCCUUUUCUUUCAACUUUCGCAAAUCUAUUGUGUAUGACGAUUGGUAUUUGGAUAUACUUGCCAAGGAGAUUCCCAUCAAUGACCCAUUUAAAAUCCAAAAUGUCCUUUUAACGGAUGAUAGCGAUAUAAUUUUAUGGACUAAAGAGGGUUUACCGAAUGAUGAUUUCUCCCAGCAAAAUGCAAUUCUCACACUCUAUUCAAUGCAUUUCCCGCUGUGUAUUGAUCCUCAGCAACAAGCGCUUGAGUGGAUAAAAUCCAUGGAGGGGAAAAAUGAUGUGAGAAUCACAAAUUUCAGUGACAAGAACUUUCUGCAGGACCUAAAGAGUGCCAUAGAACAUGGACGUCCGUUUGUCGUGGAGGACAUCGAUGACUAUGUGGAUUUGAUGAUUGAAAAUGUCCUCGUGAAGAAUAUAAUCCAGCACGAGGAUGGACACUCAUUUGUCAUGGUGGGCCAACAGGAAGUGACUUACAAUGCCAACUUUCGACUGUACCUCGUGACGAAGAUGGCCAAUCCACACCUAUCGUCUGUCAUAUUUAGCAUAGCGUGUGUUAUCAAUUUUACACUGAUUCACAGUGGUGUGGAAGAAAAGCUGCUCACGAUUGCCGUGGCAAUGGAGAGGCCAGACGUCGAAGAGGAGCGCAGUGAUUUGGCCAGCGUGAUUGUGACACAGCGGCAGUUGCUAAGGGAGCAAGAAGUGUUCAUCCUGCAUGAACUGGCCACAACCAUGGGCAACAUUCUCGACAAUAUAGCCCUAAUCUCAACUCUGGAGACGACCAAUGCCAAAUAUGUGGAUAUAUGCCAGCAUCUCACCGACAUAUCCCGCAUGAUGGCAGACAAUGACAAAGUGCGGAGCCUGUAUCGUGGCAUCGCCUGCCACGGUGCAUGCAUCUUCCUAGUCAUGUUUGACAUGGCUCGUGUGAAUCGGAUCUAUCAGUACUCACUGGCAACUUUUGUCACUAUCUUCCGUGACACGCUCACGCGCACCGACGAGAGGUCGUCCUUGGACGCCAGGCUGGAGUGCAUCAAAUUGAACUUGCUGCGGAACACAUACAAUUGGUGCAGUGUUGGCAUUUUUCAGCGCGAUCAAUUGCUCUUCACCUUUGGCAUAGUGCUCAAAUUGGCUGUUCGGCGUGGCAAUUUGCAUCAACAUGAGAUUGAUUUUCUUCUCUCUGGCUCAUCCAUAAGCAGCAACCGCACGGAUAAUGGCGGUCCUGACGACAGGCACGGCGGAUGUGACGAUGAAACGGUGCCCCAAUUAAAAUUCAUGACAGUGAGUGGAAUGGAUGACGCUCAGAGAUUGGUGAAAGAAUUCCCAGGGAAGUUCUCCGCACUUGUCGCAAAUAUUGAAAUGCAGUGCGAUUUGUGGGAAGCAUGGUGCCUCUCUGAGACACCAGAAGAUUUAUCAAUACCACUGAUGCCACACUUGAAUAAUUUCGAGAAAUUAAUGGUGUUGCGAUGCUUCAGGCGUGAUCGACUACAUCGCGCCAUUCACAAGUAUGUCAUCAGUGAAUUGGGUGAAGAGUUUGUGGCGCCCUUAAUCAUCAAUUAUCACGAAAUCUACGCGCGAGCAUCACCAAGUACUCCCGUGGUUCUAAUCGUGGCGCCAGGGACGAAUCCCACAGAGGACAUUGUGAGGUUCUCCACAUCGCCGGAAAGGGUGCGGAUGAUCUCGCUGGGGGUGGGACAGGAGGAGAGGGCGUGGAGGAUGCUGGAGGAGUGCAGGAAGUCUGGGCAGUGGCUUCUGUAUGAGAAUGCUCACAAUCUGCCGAAAUUUAUGCGACAGGUGGAGCAACAUUUCCAUCAAGCUCGUGUCGCCGAUGAGAACUUCCGACUCUGGAUAACAAUGGGCGAAAGUGAGGCAUUUCCCACCGGUCUCUUGGAGAAGGCGGUGAAAAUUGUGACUGAGAUCCCAAAGGGGCUGAAGUACAAUCUCAAAUCCACCAUCAGUCGCAUUGAAUUUGAGACACUGGAAGCGUUUGACCAUCCCGCCCUGAAGCCCCUCAUCUUCGUGCUCACCUUCUUUCACGGUGUCAUGCAAGAGAGGCGCAAGUUUGGCAAAAUUGGCUGGAACAUCCCGUAUGAGUUUAACGACGCCGACUUCAGCAUCUCCUUGCAAAUCCUCUGCCUCUACCUCACCAAAGCCCUCACGUCGCGGCAAUCAAGAAUCUCCUGGGAUGUUCUCAAGUGCCUCAUCGGUGACAUUGUGUACGGCGGCAGAGUGUUUGAUGAGUACGACAAUCGAGUUGUUGCGUGCUAUAUUAGUGAAUAUUUUGGGAAUUUCCUCUUUGACACCUUUCAGCCCUUUCACUUCGCCCAUGACUUUAGCGUUCACUACACCUUUCCUGUCACAGCAACGCAGCAGCACUUUAUCGAUAUAAUCGAUGGAUUGCCUUUGAUCACAUCCCCUGAACUGCUGGGCCUCAACUCAAAUGCCGAGAUAAACUACUACAAAGCCUCCAUGGCGGGGAUGUUUAGGAAAAUGGUGAAGUUUCAACCCAGAGAAGUGAUUUUAUGGCAGCACCUUUCGGGUGAGACGGACACUGAGGCAGAUGAUGUGACGCGAGAGAGUAUUAUUCAGGAUAUUGCCAGUGAUAUCUUGGGUAAAUUGCCAAAGCAAUAUGACAUUGAGAAGGUGAAGAAGGCCUAUCAGAUUAAUAUAACAGCCACGGGGGUGGUGCUCAUUCAAGAACUCGAGCUGUUCAACACCCUCAUACGCCACAUAAAGGAACACUUAAUUCUCCUCAAACAGGCACUUUCCGGGGACGCCCAAAUGGAUGAGGUUCUGGAUGAUGUGGUUGAAGCGCUCUUCGCUGGAAGAUUGCCCAACGAAUGGAGGAAAUACGCCCCGGAGACGUGCAAGCGGCUCGGCGGAUGGAUCGAUCAUCUUCAGAGGCGGAAUCAACAGUACAAGUACUGGUCACUGUCCGGAGAGCCACUCGUCAUUUGGCUGUCAGGACUCCAUGUGCCGAAGAGCUACAUAACAGCGCUCAUUCAGAUUGCCGCCCGAGAGAACAAUUGGCUGCUGGAGCGAUCGACAACUUUCACCACGGUCACAGAUGUGCUCAUUGAUGAUGACAUCGAGGAGCGACCGAAUUGUGGCUGCUACACAAGUGGUCUGUUCCUCGAGGGCGCUCGGUGGGAAUCCACCCUCAACUGCCUGGCCAAGUCACACCCGAAAGUCCUCAUGGAGCAACUGCCCGUGGUUCUCGUGACCCCCAUGGAGGAGCACCGUGUCAAGUUGCAGAACAUUUUUCAAGCGCCCGUCUACACGACCUCAAAUCGCCGAGAUAAAAAGGAGCAGGGCUUUGAGUUUCAAGUGGAGCUGAAAACCAACGUUCACGAGAGUUUCUGGAUACUUCAAGGAGUCUGUCUGCUGCUGAAUACUGAUUAGGGAGCCACUGUGUCGCUCA